UGGGAUUGGAAACGACUCUGUUUUGAUUUUGCAUUCAUUGCGUGGAGUAACAAAAUAUCCACCAACUGAACUGAAUAGGAUACCCGACUCUCAUUCGACUGAAAAUGUAUAAACUACAGUUGUUGCGUCUGUUUUUAAAUGAUCGUUUAACGGCGGCUGCUGUGGAGAUUUUCGGGGCAGUUGAGAAAACAGUAGUGGAGUACCAGGAGGAGAAUGAUCGGCUACGGAGUCUGCUGCGGAUCACACCAGAGAUACCGCUAUGUAGAAUAGACUCCCUGCAGCUCUCUGUCUCUGAAGAGGAGGUUCCCUCUGAGCAGGAGUGGAGCCCCAGUCUAGGGCAGGAGGACCCAGAGCCCACACAGAUUAAAGGGAAACAAGAGGAAUUUAGGACCAAUCAGGAGGAAGACCAGCUUCCAGGGCUGGAGGCUGAUGUCAUAGAGUUCAUUUUCGCUCCUUCAGGUGUGAAAAGUGAAUGUGAUCUGGAGGACCCACUUUGGUCCUUGACUCUUCCCCAAACCAAGACUGUGGAGAACAGAGAGAGUCACUCUAAACCAGUGGAUCUGAAACCUUUUGGCACUGUGACCCAUAUUAAGGAUCUUCACAUUCCCUGUUUAUCGCCAUAUAAUCAAAGCAAUGCCUCCAGCCACAGUUCAGCCAUAAGCAGUGACCCAGUAGGACUUGACAUCAGCCCACCAUUAGAUCCAAACACGUCAAUGGGGGAACACUAUUCCAAACCCAGCACCACGUCUAGAAAAACUCACCACUGCCGAGACUGUGGUGAAACGUUUCCUCUGAAAGCUGACCUGCAGAGGCACGUGACUCUUACCAAGAAGAGACUCAGCGAAUGUCACUUCUCCAAUAAACAGUACAACUCCACCUGUAAACCGGAAGCCCAUGUCCAACUCUGUCACAUGGAGAAAUGCUGCACUUGCCCUAUUUGUGGCAUGACCUUCAAACACAAGGGAGAUCUGUCCAGGCACAUGGGUAUUCACACAGGAGAGAAAUCAUUUAUCUGUGGUGACUGUGGAAAAAGCUUCUAUCAGAAGGGACACCUUACAGAUCAUAAACGGACUCACACAGGAGAGAAACCAUUUAGCUGUGGUGACUGUGGGAAAAGCUUCAAUUUGAAGGGGAACCUAAGAAAGCAUAAACUGACUCACACAGGAGAGAAACCAUUUUGCUGUGGUGACUGUGGGAGAAGCUUCAGUCUCAAUAUGAACUUAACCAGGCAUAAACUGACUCACACAGGAGAGAAACCAUUUAGCUGUGGUGACUGCGGGAAAAGCUUUACUCAAAAGACUAACCUGCUGACACAUGUCAAAAACAUCCACAAAGGAGGAAAACAGGAUGAAAACUGAAAGAAAGAAAAUGAGGACAAAGAUGUUCUGUCAGAAGAUGGGAAUAACAGGCAGGAUGUGGACAACACUUUUAAGUAGGGCUGGUAUAUACAGUGGGGCAAAAAAAGUAUUUAGUCAGCCACCAAUUGUGCAAGUUCUCCCACUUAAAAAGAUGAGAGGCCUGUAAUUUUCAUCAUAGGUACACUUCAACUAUGACAGACAAAAUGAGAAAAAAAAUUCCAGAAAAUCACAUUGUAUGAUUUUUAAUGAAUUUAUUUGCAAAUUAUGGUGGCAAAUAAGUAUUUGGUCACUAACAAAAGUUAUUAUAACAAAACUCCUAGGUAGCCUAUUUUUUGGCGAGGAAGUACAGGUGUAUCCUACCACGGAAGCGUUUUGCUAUCUUCCACACCCCCUUUAAAUCAGCAGUUGUAUUGUCAGAGUAGAAAACCAUAAACACUUUUAAAACGAUAAGUAGCAUAUUGUUUUUAUCUAUAAAAUGGCUUCCACAACGAACUUAAUUUGUUUUGAGCACUUUACACAUUUUGUCACGGUUCACGAAUCCACUGCCUCCCUCUCUCUUUCUCUUUUUCUCUCUCUCUCUCUCUGUCUCUCUCUCUCUCUCUCUCUCUCUCUCUCUCUCUCUCUCUCUCUCUCUCUCUCUCCCGUGUUUGUGUGGGCGUGGUUCCCAAUCUCGGCCUGAUUGUCUGCGCCAGCUGGAAUCACUUAUCUUCCCUUUAUAUGUUCUGUAACCAGUGUUUCUUGUUGUCAGAUCUUGUUUCUUCCCUGAGGUUGUGUCGUGUGUUCGUGCUCAUUCUCUCGCCGCUCUUGUGUGGAUUAUCUUCUGUGCUCCUUCCUACCCAUCCGGACACACUCUCCUGGAUUUCUCAGCACGCUAUCAUCGGAAGAUGCGCCCUAGUCCCUGGGUCGGAUUCCGUCUGAGUACAGUUUGUCUGUCCUGUUGCUGCUGUAAACUGUAUUCAUUAAACCAUUGUUGCUUGCAUCUUGCAUCCGCCUCUGUAUUGUCACACAUUUAGUUUGGGAUCCAAAUUGUAUUUGUCACAUGAACGGAUACAACAGGUGUAGACCAUACAGUGAAAUGCUUACUUACAAGCCUUUAAUUAACCAACAAUGCAGAUUUAAGAAGAAAAAAAGUGUUCGAAAAGAAUUUACUAAACGUAAUUUGCCUAAUGAUGCAAGAGGGGAGGAACGUCUCAUUUCAAACAAGCGCAUUUCCAUCCACUUUCACUCUCCUCGAUUAACUUCGACCUUUUUCAAAGGGAGGCGAGAGAGGACUGAGGAGAGAGGACGCAAGAGUUUAUAGCAAAUCUAAUUGUAUAAAAAGGUAAUUUUUUAAAUUUUCAUUGUCCGGGAGAAUCUCAAUGGCGUACUCCUUGCGUCCUCUCACGUCUCUUCGCCUCCUUCUUAAAACCUAUUGGAUGAGCAAGCC